AUGUCGCUAAGUGACAGGAAUUUCUCAGCUCCUUGUGUUCAUGGGACCACCAUCGUUGACCGAAACAUCCUUUUGCAGCAUGUGACUGUAAUUGGCUUUGCUGUGGCCCAGUGCAUAAACCAGCACAGCUCCCCAUCCUUGCCCUCGCCACCGCCAUCUGCCAGCGGGAGCCCCAGCGGCAGCGGGAGCACCAGCCACUGCGACUCGGGAGGUGCCAGCUCAUCGUCCACCUCCUCUGUCGCCCAGAGCCCAUCAGAUGACCCCCUGACUGUGGAACAGCCUCAGCCUGACCUUCCCGACCAGUUGGUGAUCGUCAACGAAGCGGAAGCAGACGCCAGGCCCAGCAAGAGCCUGGCAAAGAGCGUGGACAUGGAGACGGUCAGCCUGUCCCCCAGCCUCACCCCAGCCCAGCAGCCCACCAUCUCCCUGCUCUGUGAGGACACUGCCGACACACUGAGCGUGGAGUCACUGACCCUCAUCCCACCUGUGGACCCCCACAGCCUCCGGACCCUUGCAGGCAUCCCCCCGCCACCCACAGCAGCCAUAGAGGGCACAGUGACCCCAGGUGGGCGGGCAGCAGGGCCCGCUGAGCACUGA